AUGUCUUCAUCACUGCUGACCGGUACAACGUCAUCGUCAAGGCGUACUGCUGAACCUCUCACAUCUGGUGGUGGCUAUGAUGAGGAUUGCUGGCACUUGGCUCUUCACUCUUGCUGGUGCCUUCCUCCCUUUCUUCGGAUGGAACAGAUAUUCCCUGAGGUACAUGCUUCUGUGGUACUGACUAACCUGACAGAGACUGACUCUCCAGGCUAUCUGUACAGUCACUCUGUAUGGGUAGUAUCUCUUCCCUCUGCCUACAUCUCUACAGCUACCCUUUCAUCGUUAAGGCUGUUGCCUGCUCACGAGCAGGGAAUGCGAGAACAGGCCAAGAAGAUGGGAGUUAAUGUCUCUGAGAAGCGAGGAAGCCCAAAAGACCUCAAGCUGAAUGCCGUCUGUGCAGGUUGCUCUCUGACCGUCACCUUGUGUUUCAUGGCUUGGCCCCCUACUUUGUCAUCAACUGGGGAGGAAUGUUCAAAACCUAUUGUCACUCCUCUUUUCUUCUAUCUGGGGAUCGUCUUGUCGCCCAAGCCUCACGCGUCUACAACCCCAUCGUGUACGCCAUUCAGCCACCCUACGUACCCGAGCCUGCCCUCGAAGAAGAAGCUGCCUUGCCUGCUGCAAUACUGA